AUGAAGCGUUUGGCAUGCACUGCAAUAGGAUUUGAUGCCCACUUGUCCUUUUUGGCCUGUCUUCAGUCUCUCGCUUGGUCGGCUCGCUUGGUCAACGUGGCCGAUGCACCACAUGUUCGGAUGGUUCAUUCUCAAACUUGGGUAUCGAGUGAGCUUCAAGAAUGCUAUGCUGACGAUCUAUUUCGCUUAAUCUUCUCAAAAAGUAUGAAACGUUGUUUCCGUUGUACUGUCCGUAACCGGUCGAUUAACAUGCAAUAUCGAUUCCGUGUUUUGAUCGGAGCACUCGAUGGUCAAAUACUCAUAAAUACUGCUACUUCACUAGCAUAUCACGUGACAUAA